CCCGGAAGUUGCCGGAACAGUCGGAUUGUGUCAGCGCUCCCUAAGAUGGCGGGGGUGUUUGAGGUGGAGGUUGACGGCGUCGAACACGACCACGAUCACGGACACGGACACGACAACGAAGCCGCUCAGGUCGACCUCUCGCACCUUUCAGCGGAGGAGAAGUGGAGACUGGAACAUGCGAGAAUGCACGCCAAACACAAAGGGCACGAAGCCAUGCACGCCGAGAUGGUGCUCAUCCUCAUCGUCACGCUCGUCGUAGCUCAGCUUGUCCUGGUGCAGUGGAAACAGCGGCACGCCAAGUCCUACAACUUGGUGACCCUGUUCCAGAUGUGGGUGGUGCCUCUUUACUUCACCACGAAGCUGCACUGGUGGAGAUUCUUGGUGACGUGGUCCAUCUUCUCUAUCGUCACCGCUUUCAUCACGUUCCGUGCCACUCGCAAACCUCUGGAAUGCACGACGCCGAGAUUGGUUUACAAAUGGUUUCUCCUCUUGUACAAGAUCAGCUACACGACAGGCAUUGUGGGAUACAGUGUAGUCAUGUUCACACUGUUUGGACUCAAUUUGAUAUUUAGAAUAAAGCCGGAAGAUUCCAUGGAUUUUGGCGUCUCCAUGCUGUUUUACGGACUCUAUUACGGCGUCCUAGGCAGGGAUUUUGCAGAGAUGUGUGCAGACUUCAUGGCUUCUACAGUAGGGUAUUACAGUGCAUCCGGAAUGCCCACUAAACACCUCUCGGACAGCAUCUGCGCCGUGUGCGGUCAGCCCAUCCUGGUGAGCGUGGACGAAGAGGGAAUCAUGGAGAACACCUACAGGCUCUCCUGCAACCAUGUAUUCCACGAGUUCUGCAUACGAGGGUGGUGCAUUGUGGGUAAGAAACAGACAUGCCCAUACUGCAAAGAAAAGGUGGACCUGAAGAGAAUGUUCAGUAAUCCGUGGGAGAGGCCUCACGUCAUGUACGGACAGCUACUGGACUGGCUUCGCUAUCUCGUAGCCUGGCAACCCGUCAUAAUCGGACUAGUGCAGGGCAUCAACUACAUCCUGGGUCUGGAGUGACAGCGGCACCCAUCCCAGAAAGAGAGAGGGAGAGAGACUAUACGCAGUCUGUGUGAGGUUUAAAAAGGACACUGGGACUGGAACUUUUAAUCACCAAAAGUGUGUAAUGUACUGUAUAUUGGCACACACACUGUGCAUAUGUGUAUUUAAAGGAGGUGGGGGAAGAGAAAUCUACUAGAGGUCUGGAUUUGUUUUUGAAAUGUGUACCUUAUUUGAUUUGUUUGUUUGUUUGUUUGUUUUUUAAAGAAACUAUUAAUGAAACUUAAUAAUUUUAACCAUAGGUUACGACCUCAGACUUCUUUUUUUUGUUUCUUUCUUUUUGUGAACUCUCUUCCAGUUACAGUCAAAUUCUCUGUUCCAUCUUUUGCAAAAACCUUCUUUCACUUCUCAUCAUUACUGGUUUAAUUAUCUUGGGUUUUUUUUUUUUUCUUCCCCCCCCCCUUUUUUUCUUCAUUCAAAUGAGUCGAACUGACCAGAAUCUGUAAAACUACGGGAAAUGUUUUGUUUUUGUGAGCGGACGCGCUCGUCUGUGGGUCGGCGGCGUUCCUGGAACUCGGAUUCGGGACAUCCCUGGAUGCUGAAGCAUUUCAAGUUUCUCUUUCACACCGUAUCCACGUGGACGGCUGCUGAGGGAUUUUGAAAGACGGUACAUUACAUUACAUUACGUGUCUGAAUAAUCUUGUUGAAGCGUCUUCUUUAUUUUUGUCAUCAUUUAGGAUGAAUCGGAUGUCAUAAGAUUUGGAUGAUGGAAUUAGUGUUGAAAGUAUUCUCUGUUUAAAAAAAAAAAGGUCUAGUAAAUUUUUGGAAACUUUAUAAGAUUUAUUCGAAGCUUGACUGCUGAGGCAAAUAAAGUGAUUAAAGGAGAAUGUUUAUUAAA